ACUGACAUCGGAUCUCUCAUGUGCAGAGGUCAAUGCAAAUUACUCCAAUCUUUUGUGUUUGCUCAUUAUKAGCUCAUUUACAUUGAACUCAGCACACGUAAAGCACGACGUCGGAAACAGGCUUGGCACUAGGAAAUAGACAUAAAAGUUGUUUACAACAAAUUUGCACUUCAGUUUUGUCCAAGAUCUUUGAUCGUAUUCAACAUGCAUAACAUGGACAUGGAUGUAGAACACCUUAUCUACAGAAUUCCAAAACUUGCACGUGCCAAACGAAUGUGGGAAAGAGUUUCUAUUCCGCUCUGCUCGGUCCUUUUUGUGRUUUGUAUAGUUUUAACGGUGUUGUAUUUGAAAGCUAACUCAAAAACUAUUGAACAUAAUGARGUUGCAAAAGCGCARACGGCAAAUUCAAACUCGAAAAACCGGCCGAGCCCCACAAUACCUUCAAAGAWCAGGACGGACAACUCGAAAAACCGGCCGAGUCYCACUACACCUUCAAAGAACAACWGGACGGACAUUUGCCAAGAUACCGGGAACUUGGAAUGCAYCCUCGCCAAGGAAAUGGUUCACAACAUGGAUCUUAACGUGGAUCCUUGCAAGGAUUUCUACAAGUACUCGUGUGGGGGCUGGGAACGAAGACAUCCGCUGACCGGAAAUAAAACAUCGAUUAGACAGCUCUUUCCUACUUCAAAAGAAAAACCUUGCCAUCUUAAAAAAAGCGUUAGAAAAAUCCUCACUGAACUAUUCUCAGCUUUACAAAGGACACUCGCGGUGCCGAAAGUGUCCGUUGUAACGAGAGUUGAUUGGRUCCCUUAUACUUUGCAGAAUGUUGCAGUAAUGAAAACGGCCCGUGUUUAUAGAUCUUGUGUGAACACCAGCGCUAURUCGUCCCAAGGCUUACAGCCAAUGAAAAACCUCAYUGCCAAAUAUGGUGGCUGGUCCGUGUCUUACAAUUAUAACAGCACAAUGUCCAUGGAGACGAGAAUGGGGAGAGUAGCUAGGGAUCUGAAUGUCAAUACACUAUUUGGCGUAACAGUGCGACCAGAUUUCUAUGAUAGUUCGAGGACUCUCAUCAUGUUGUUACCAGCGGAAACUCAAUCUCACUCGUUGUAUCUUGAUUUUGAUCAUGAUUCCGUGAAACAGAGAGAAAACUAUAAAAAGAUCAUGAAGAUGGUUGGAAGAUGGUUUGGAGGAUCGGAUUCUUCCCAGAAGAUGAUGGCCAUCUACGAAUUUGAGGCCAACCUUGCCAGGCUCGACAUGCCGCUGGGAUUGAUGUACGUUGACGCGAACUUUAACGUCAAUUCAAGAACCAACGUGGAGAAAAUGACAGACAAUAUUCGACACUCCUUCAUUGCAAGGUUACCUAAACAAACCUGGAUGGACCGAGAAACACAGCGUAAAGCAGAGCAGAAGGCCCGCGCGAUCAAGAUAUCCAUAGGGUACCCAGAUUACAUCAAAGAUGCAAAGAAACUUGAGCGUCAAUACGACUCGUUCAAGGUCCAUGACGACUAUUUUGAAAACGCCAAAGAAAUGAAUCACUUUCUAAGAAUGAGGAACGUGAUGACUUAUGGGAAACCUGUCGAUAAAAACUCUUGGCCUAUAAGUCCAGCAGAAGUUAACGGAUUUUACAUUCCCUUGCAGAAUAGAAUAGUCUAUCUCGCAGGGAUUAUUCAGCCGCCAUUGUUCAAUCCUCGUUCACCAAGCUACCUCAAUUAUGGUGGAAUCGGAUCAGUUAUUGGACACGAGCUCACACACGGAUUCGACGCGUCAGGUCGCUUGUAUGACAAGAAUGGUAACAUGAAGGACUGGUGGUCGUAUGAAGCCGAUAWWAACUUCAWWAGAAAGUCGUCUUGUUUGGUAGAUCAAUAUAACAAAUACAAGUUGUUUGAUAAACAGGUCAACGGUAAAAAGACACUUAACGAGAACAUUGCUGACGAUGGUGGUAUCAAAAUAGCAUAUGACGCUUAUCAAAAAUGGAUUGCAAAGAACAAAAAGGAAGAAUCUCUUCCUGGACUGAAUCUCAACCCAGACCAGCUGUUUUUUGUAGGAUUUGCUCAACUUUGGUGCAGCGUCUACAACAGAAAAGGUGCACACAGGGAGAUUCUCAAGGACGUCCACACUCCAGGAAAAUACAGGGUGAUUGGUUCAUUGUCAAACUUUGACAAGUUCUCCAAAGCGUUCAAAUGUCCUGUGGGCAGUCCAAUGAAUCCAAGCACAAAGUGCUCUGUCUGGUAACAUUCAACUCAUCUUCCAAACAGCCUGACUAAUCUGUCUGGAGUUGAUACCAUUCACUCACCACGAUUAAGAGGAAUGACGUCAUUAAAUGACGAUCACCAACGAUGGCUAUAUUUGGUAUCCACGCAAAGGCUCUCGGGUGCAUCCGGGUCUUCAAAUAUACAUUUCACUAUUUACUAUUUGCAAACAWUUUUUUUUUACUUUUUUCAGGUCGUGUAAUGUAUUUAAACUCAGGUUUUUAAGUAAUUUAUACUUUUUUGUUAGUAGAAGUUGUAUGUAUUUCAAUUUUAAAAUAAACACUUUGGUAAAUAAAUGGAUUUCUCCUGA